AUGAAGUCAAAAGGAGAUGCAAACAUUUCCUCAUUCAGGAAGGCAAAGGAAUGCCCGAAAGUUGCACGACUGCCUUGGGAAAUCAAAUCAGACCGUGUUCACAUUGAUACAGAGUUCCUACUCGGAGAAGGCACUAUAUCAAACGUUUACUUGGGUAGGCUGAAAGGAAAAUCGCCGAUACUGCAGUGGAUUGGCCGUGUAGAAAUGAAGCAGUAUCAGGAUUGCCCGGUCGCAGUACGAGUAACUGCCCUGUUUUAUUUAUUUAACCUUUUUUUUUGGGUACCACGACAUUUUGACGAGCUCGAAGAAGAUCAACUAUUCCGUGAGAUUUCUUCGAUGAGAAGGCUUCGCCACCACGAUCACAUUGCCCUCUUUCUCGGAUGGACCAACAAAAACGAUUUGGUAUGCAGUCUACUCGAGUUGACGCAUAUGAAUUUACUCAAGUAUUUGGGACAAAUCAGUGAAACGGUUUCAAACGGCGAUGCGAGAUCUACCACCUACAUACCUUAUCAGAUGCUUUUCAAGAUUAUUUGGGAGAUUUGUGAUGGAAUCAGUUAUAUUCAUUCUCGCAAUCUCAUUCAUCGAGAUUUGGCUGCUCGAAAUGUGCUCCUUACCACCGGAUUGAGAGCUAAGAUUUCCGGCUUCGGAUUCUGCUCUGAUCCCGAUGAUCCAAAGGUUUCGGGAAACUCCCUUGCUACACAGUACUUGCCA